AGAACCCCGAGCUGAGACCAGUGUUGUGACUGUGACUCAGACGAACAUUUCUACCUGACGCACAGUCUUCAGACACACUUCUAAACCACCUUAAGAAACAAAACAAGCUAGGGCACCUCUCUGGAGUGCUUUGGGAGUUCCAUUUUAUUCCGUGGUUUGCAAACAAGGUAGAAAACUCGCCAUGAAUCGCCUGUUCGGCCGAGGCAAGCCGAAGGAACCGCCACCUAACCUGACCGACUGUAUCUCAAAUGUGGACAGUCGAGGGGAGUCCAUAGAGAAGAAGAUCUCCAAGCUGGAAGCUGAGCUGAAGAAGUACCGAGAACAGAUGAAGAAGAUGAGGGACGGCCCCUCUAAGAACAUGGUAAAGCAGAAGGCGCUGAGAGUUCUCAAGCAGAAAAAGACGUAUGAAAGCCAGCUGGACAACUUGAGGACCCAGUCCUUUAACAUGGAACAAGCCAACUUCACUACACAGAUGCUCAAGGACACAAAAACUACGGUGGAUGCCAUGAAGACAGGAGUGAAGGAGAUGAAGAAGGAAUACAAGAAGGUGAACAUCGAUGACAUAGAGGACCUACAAGACCAGAUGGAGGACAUGAUGGAACAGGCCAAUGAGAUCCAGGAUGUGAUGGGGAGGAGCUACGGCAUGCCGGAUGUGGAUGAGGACGAACUAGAGGCUGAACUUGAGGCCCUGGGAGAUGAGAUGUUUAUGGAUGAGGAUGAGGGUUACCUUGACGAGGCUGUCGGAGCUCCAUCUGUCCCCUCUGAUAGCAUCAAGGAUGGAGGGAAACCCAACCAGGAAGGAGUACUUGUGGAUGAGUUUGGACUUCCUCAGAUUCCACAGUCAUCAUGAGACACCCCCCCCCCCCCAUCUGUCAAUCAGUUUGGACAUUUUCACAACUGUAGUAGGCCUGAGAUAUACAUAUAUAAAGUGGUUUAUUGUUAUAUAAAUAAUCUUAAUACAUAUAGUAGCUUCGGAGAAACCAAGAAUGGAGCAGUGUUUGAUUCCACAGUUGUCAUGAGCCCCCCUCCCCACCCCCUUGCUACUUGUCAAUCAGUUUGGACAUUUUGAAGAUUGUAUACUGGGCAUAAGAUAUAUAUAGAUAUAUGAAGCAGUUUAUGGCUGUAAUAAUAUCUAGCACUAAUAGAGUGGCUAUGUAUUAUCUGACACCAGUGAAUGAGAAGUGAUUGAUAAGUAGUUGCAACUUUGAAUGAGAUGCAGUUUCAUCAGGUUGGUUAUUCAAUUAUUGGUAAAGUUGCUUGCACAGAAUUAAGAAACAUUCUCCUGACACUGUUUUGUUAGUCAAGUUUGCAGCGCCACCUAUCAGUGGGAAGUGGAACUGGUCAUUCUUGCCCUGAGGAAGGUAGAAAAAGAACUACCGAAAUGUUCGCAGGUGGAUAUCUCUUGAUUGUAAAACAUCUUGUUAAGUGCUUAAUAUUUGAUAAUUUUGGUCAGUUGUAUCAACAAAUGUUUUGGUAUGCUAUAGGUUAUGAAAAAAAAAUUUAGUUUGAUUUUCCCCACUAAGUGUAUGACUUAAACUAAAGGUGGCAGAAGCUUAGAUUUGUGGAAUAACAUGUUGAUAUUUCAUAGAUUCUGCUAACACAUUGAUAGGUUAUAUA